UCCAUCCACCUCAUCCGAUGCACCCGUGAAAGGAAGAAGGCCUUAGCUGCGAAGUUGCUUAGCGGAAAACACCAAAUGAACAGUUACAAACUAUUGGACAGGGGAGCAAACUCUCAUGGUCCCCAAGGGCCUCCUGGUACCUGCCCUGCUACAUGUGAGCCUCCUGCCGUUCAACCGACAAUCAUACAGGGUCCUCCUGGAGAACAAGGCCCGCCUGGUGUUUGUUCCUUGGAGCAGUGCAAAGAGGUGGCAAUUGCUGGUCCACCCGGACCGCCAGGUCAGAGGGGUGAAAAAGGUGAUCCAGGUUACUGCGACUUAAAAGACGAGCAAAACCAGCAAACCAUCGUUCACAUGAUUCGAGAAUACUUGUCUCGCCCGGAAGUUCAAGUACAAUUCAAGGAACAACUGGCAGACGCUGAAAAAUGCCAAUGCCCAAGGGAUCAGCCUUUGACCACUCCCACUGAAGUUUCUGCCCCACGCGUGGGUGAAAUCAACGGGUUUGGGGCCAUGGUCUUUGAAAAGGAGAAUGACUUACGCAAGAUAUCGCACACGCUACCAACCGGUGCGAUGGUGUUUGUGAAGGAGCAUGAUAUGUUCUAUCUGAAGACGAACGAAGAAGCGAACAGAUGGCGGAUCCUCAGUAUGCCACCUACGGCCGAGUCAGUCACACUGCCGAUUCCGAAACCGGAGCCCAAGAAGACACAUGUGCCUAGACAUUAUCCCCAACUGGCGGGGAAAACGCUCUAUCUGGUAGCCAGAAACGAACGUCUUCGGGGUGACCUGAGACAAAGCGAUCAUCUCACUGGGGCUCAUUCGGGCUCAAUCUAUGCGUGUCAGCGUUCUGCCACGAAAAUCGGUCUUGGUCGAGCCUUUUAUCCGCUAAUUAGCACUGACGUGUUCAACAUGGACUACGUUGUCCCGCCCAUGUAUCGUUACAACGUGCCACUGGUUAAUGUCAACGGUGAAGUCAUAUUUGACGAUUUCAUGAGUCUCAUUCAAGGACGAGGCGCGCCCAAGGCCAAGAUCCUCACCUUCGACGGACAGGAUGUCAUGGAUGAUCCUGCUGCACCCUGUCUGUGGAUUGGCAGACGCCCAAUCUACUUGAAUGGAGACUAUGAAUAUGCAGCUCAGGCGAAGUGUCGCAACUGGCAGAGCACGCAGCCGACCGAACGAGCUUUAGCUGUGAGUGUGCCAAUGAAGAACGGCGAUGCCGGUCUGCUAGCCAAGGAGAAUUCCUAUCUGGUACCAUGUUCAAGUUAUUGCCGGAUGCUUUGCAUACAACUCGCUCCAACAGAUGCUUGAUCCAUACUGGUCUUCGACAACAACUAAAAGAACAUUCAAGAACCCACGCUUAGUAUUUUUUUGCAAUUAUUUGUCUCUGUUUUUUUUCUACGCACAACACCUGGAACCGGGACGCAACAUAGCAUGUAUUCUCUCGUUCGCCCACAGCGGAAGAAUCAUGUCAAAUCUGCUUGUCUUUGGUUCUUCAUAAACUAUUUCCAGGGUUCUGUUGUUGACCCCACUUGUCAUUAUUAAUUUUUUUGUGGCUUCUCUCGCCAGAAGACCUUUUACAAUGCAUUUUCUGUUCACUCCAUCUCCCUCAACUCAUUUCUCAAGUGCACAACUGUUUUUCUCCGCGCACGUUCAUCUGUGCGCACAGUAAUCAGCUGUAAUCAGCCGUUUGUGAAUCGUUCAAAAUCAUCGUCGAUCUUUGGAUUCUGGAAUUUUGUUCAUUCUGAAUACUGAACCAUUUGGGAAAGAGGUUUGACCCGAAUACCCCACCGACCUUAUUGGACAAACUCUGUGGUCCACCCGGACGAGAAAACCUGAAUCGAUUUGAACACGCCAUUAUUCAGCCUUAUAGCAAUUCUGGAAACCGUAAUACCAGGAAUAAAAC